AGUUCAAACCCAUCUUCCUGAAUACUAUCGACCCAUCUCAUCCUAUGGCAAAGCUGAACAGAGCUGCGAAUACCCAGAAAUGCAUCCGAGCUGGGGGAAAACACAAUGACCUGGAUGACGUGGGCAAAGAUGUCUACCAUCACACAUUUUUUGAGAUGUUGGGCUCCUGGUCUUUUGGAGAUUACUUCAAGGAAUUGGCUUGUAAGAUGGCUCUGGAACUUCUCACCCAAGAAUUUGGCAUUCCAGUCGAAAGACUCUAUGUUACUUACUUUGGUGGGGAUGAAGCAGCUGGCUUAGAGCCAGACCUGGAGUGCAAACAAAUCUGGCAAAAUCUGGGAUUGGAUGACAGCAAAAUCCUCCCUGGCAACAUGAAAGAUAACUUCUGGGAGAUGGGUGACACAGGCCCAUGUGGUCCCUGCAGUGAGAUCCAUUAUGACCGAAUUGGUGGUCGGGACGCUGCACACCUUGUCAACCAGGAUGACCCUAAUGUGUUGGAGAUCUGGAACCUUGUGUUCAUCCAGUAUAACAGGGAAACUGAUGGCAUUUUGAAGCCUCUUCCCAAGAAAAGCAUUGACACAGGGAUGGGCCUGGAGCGACUGGUUUCUGUGCUGCAGAAUAAGAUGUCGAACUAUGACACUGACCUUUUUGUUCCUUAUUUUGAAGCCAUUCAGAAGGGCACAGGUGCCCGGCCAUACACUGGGAAGGUUGGUGCUGAAGAUACUGAUGGGAUCGAUAUGGCCUACCGAGUACUGGCAGACCAUGCUCGCACUAUCACGGUGGCGCUGGCCGAUGGUGGUCGGCCUGAUAAUACAGGACGAGGGUACGUGUUGAGACGGAUUCUUCGCCGGGCUGUUCGAUACUCUCAUGAGAAACUCAAUGCCAACAGAGGUUUCUUUGCUACAUUAGUAGAUGUUGUUGUCCAGUCUCUGGGAGAUGCAUUUCCUGAGCUAAAGAAGGACCCAGAUAUGGUGAAGGACAUCAUUAAUGAAGAAGAAGUGCAGUUUCUUAAGACUCUCAGUAGAGGGCGUCGCAUCCUAGACAGAAAAAUUCAGAGCCUGGGAGACAGCAAGACUAUUCCUGGGGACACUGCUUGGCUUCUUUAUGACACCUAUGGGUUUCCAGUGGAUCUUACUGGACUAAUUGCUGAAGAGAAGGGCAUGGUGGUUGAUAUGGAUGGCUUUGAAGAGGAGAGAAAGUUGGCCCAGUUGAAGUCGCAAGGGAAGGGAGCUGGUGGGGAAGACCACAUCAUGCUGGACAUUUAUGCUAUUGAGGAGCUCCGGGAAAAGGAUCUGGAAGCAACAGAUGAUUCCCCAAAAUAUAAUUACCAUUCAGAUUCCAGUGGUAGCUAUGUGUUUGAGAGCACAUUGGCUACAGUGAUGGCUUUGCGCAGGGAUAAGAUGUUUGUGGAAGAGGUGUCCACAGGCCAAGAGUGUGGGGUCGUGCUGGACAAGACCUGUUUCUAUGCUGAGCAAGGAGGUCAGACCUAUGAUGAAGGCUACCUGGUGAAGGUGGAUGACAGCAGUGAAGAUAAAACGGAGUUUACAGUGAAGAAUGUUCAGGUGCGAGGAGGGUAUGUGCUGCACAUAGGAACAAUCUAUGGCAACCUGAAAGUGGGGGAUCAGGUCCGGCUGUUCAUAGAUGAGCCCCGACGGAGACCUGUCAUGAGCAACCACACAGCUACCCACAUUCUGAACUUUGCCCUGCGCUCUGUCCUUGGAGAAGCUGACCAGAGAGGUUCCCUUGUUGCUCCUGACCGCCUUCGGUUUGACUUCACUGCAAAGGGAGCUAUGUCCAGCCAGCAGAUCAAGAAGGCUGAAGAGAUUGCUAAUGGAAUGAUUGAGGCUGCCAAGCCUGUCUAUACUCAGGAUUGCCCUCUGGCAGCUGCUAAAGCCAUCCAGGGCCUGCGGGCAGUGUUUGAUGAAACCUAUCCUGACCCUGUACGAGUUGUCUCCAUUGGGGUCCCUGUGUCCAAGCUCUUGGAUGACCCCUCCAGUCCUGCUGGCUCCCUCACUUCUGUUGAGUUCUGUGGGGGAACACACCUGCAGAAUUCCAGUCAUGCAGCAGCAUUUGUGAUUGUGAGUGAAGAAGCUAUUGCCAAAGGCAUCCGGAGGAUUGUAGCUGUCACAGGGGCAGAAGCUCAGAAGGCCCUCAGGAAAGCAGAGAGCUUGAAGAAGUCUCUCUCUGUCAUGGAGGCCAAAGUGAAGGCUCAGACUGCACCAAACAAGGAUGUACAGAAAGAAAUUGCUGACCUUGGUGAGGCCCUGGCUACUGCAGUCAUCCCUCAGUGGCAGAAGGAUGAGUUCCGAGAGAACCUCAAAUCUCUGAAGAAGAUCAUGGAUGACCUAGACCGUGCUAGCAAAGCGGAUGUCCAGAAGCGAGUGUUGGAGAAGACAAAGCAGCUCAUUGACAGCAAUCCCAACCAACCCCUUGUCAUCCUGGAGAUGGAGAGUGGUGCUUCAGCCAAGGCUCUGAAUGAAGCCUUGAAGCUCUUCAAGACACAUUCCCCCCAGACAUCUGCCAUGCUUUUCACAGUGGAUAAUGAGGCUGGCAAGAUCACCUGCUUAUGUCAAGUCCCCCAGAAUGCAGCCAAUCGGGGCCUGAAAGCCAGCGAGUGGGUACAGCAAGUAUCAGGCCUGAUGGAUGGCAAAGGUGGUGGCAAAGAUGUGUCCGCUCAGGCCACAGGCAAAAAUGUGGGCUGUCUACAGGAGGCGCUGCAGCUGGCCACUUCUUUUGCCCAGCUCCACCUGGGAGAUGUGCAGAACUGAAGGAAGUGACAGCUUCCUCUAGGAAGUUUCUGCCCUUUACCCAGAUAUAUCCGUCCAGCCAGAAGCUCUCCAUCAGCCACAAGGACAUCGCGGGACCUUUAAAUCAUCACAUAUGUCCUCCUAACCCAGCAGUAACUGGAAGUCAACCUGAUAGCUGGCUUAUGACUCAACACCCACAUUACAUUUCUAUCCUGAGUCUUUCACAUCAGCAUCAUCUGUCUAGAACUACUACCCCGGCUGUUGCUAUUUAUCACUGUCAGUCUCAAGACUGUAGAUAAAAGUUCCCUGCGGACCUGAGCCUCUGGUCUGCAAAGGGAUUUGGGGCGGGGGAAUGGGGGAGCUGCAGAGAAUAAAAGGACCAUGUGCAAUAUUUGAUGCCAUGUGAUUUCAAGCAUUUCCUCCCACCCCUCCACUUGGUGCUCCCUUGUUUGAUACCUAUGACUCCCUGGAUGUUGGUCAAACAAAUGGUGUAGCUUCUGCUGGUUUCUGGUUGUAGUCCUUGCUAUCCAGUCUUAAGCGCCUGAAUGUUGGAAAUGGCUUCUGGGAUGGUCUCAAGACAUUUGUGGAAGUGAAGUGAGAUAGGGACAGUUACUUAUUAGUCAUUCAAUAGAAGAUGAUUCAAGGAGUUAUUGGAAGCAGAAAGGCUCUCAUGGAGUCUUUUGUAGGUGAAUCUUUUCAGUCCUUAUGUUUAUGUCCUUUCCUCUUCCUCCUCUU